AUGGACUGGGUUGAAAACCUGGAAGAUUUGCAAAAGUCCCCUGCCGGAGGAGCUCUCGAAGGAGCAUUGCUUUGUGUGCUGGAGCUUGGAAUGCUUAUUGGGCAUUAUGAGUCCCAAGGUAUUCUCUAUGACCUCCCUGUGUCCGAUGGAAUGGUCCUUGCAGGGAUGAGCAUAGGGCUGUUUUCAGCGGCAGCUGUAGCCACAUCUUCAUCCCUGUUUGAGCUUGCCCACACUGGUUCUACUAGUGUACGGGUGGCCUUCCGCUUUGGAUUGCACGUCGGCCGGGUAUCACAUAUGCUUGAGCCUCUGGGCGAGGUUCGCAAAAGCUGGGCAUAUGUGGUAGCUGGACUUGAUGUGGCAGAGGUGCAAGAUGCACUGGAUGCGUAUAAUACGGACACAAAAAACUCGGAUAUUUGUCGGGUAUGCAUCAGCCAUGCAGACUCAAUUUCGGUUGGAAUUACGGGGCCUCCAUCUCGUCUUGAAAGUCUCUUCCGCCAUUCGCCCGUGCUGCGAAACGCGAAACGAUCUCCACUCCCCAUUUACGGGGGUCUCUGCCAUGUCUCACAUAUUUACAGCCAUGAAGAUGUCCAUGAAAUUCUGAGAGGCUUUGGAACUGCGAAGGAAAACCGUCGUCCGGUGUAUAUCCCAUUACUGUCUCCUAACUCGGGAAAGCCAUUCAUUGCCGAUGAUGCCGCACAGCUGUACGAGGCCAUCUGCACGGAGGCAUUGACUAUGCCUCUGUUCCCUGACAAGCUCAGCUCGGGUAUCACAUUGAAUCUUUCCAGCGUUGAGUCCAAAGAAUGCGAGGUUUAUCAGUUUCAUCGCUCCGUGGCCUCGGACCAGAUUCUCGCAAGCAUUGGGGCUAGUCUUCCAAGCAUCCAGCUGAAAACACAGAACUUGAUGGACUGGAUCCACAAAGAAACUAAACUUCCAAGUCCAAACCCUUCCCAAAAGCUUGCCAUCGUGGGCAUGUCCUGCCGUUUACCAGGAGGAGCAAACGACCCAGAGUUGUUUUGGAAGCUGUUGAUGGAGGGCCGCAACACCUGCACUACCGUCCCACAGGACCGAUUCGACUUGGAGACCCACUUCGACCCGACUGGAAAGACAAUAAAUGCGACAGAGUCUCCAUUUGGAAAUUUCAUUGACCAUCCGGGUCUAUUCGACAGCGGAUUCUUCAAUAUGUCCCCACGUGAAGCUGAUCAAACCGAUCCCAUGCAGCGUCUUGCCCUAGUCACAGCAUAUGAGGCCCUGGAGAUGUCUGGAUACGCUCCAGAUCGAACCGCGUCCACGUGCAGGAAGCGUGUUGGUACUUUCUAUGGUCAGGCCAGCGAUGACUAUCGUGAAACAAACGCCGGGCAACAAAUCGGCACGUACGGUAUACCUGGAGGAGAACGUGCCUUUGGAAACGGCCGCAUCAAUUACUUUUUCAACUUCGGUGGUCCAAGCUUCAACAUUGAUACUGCUUGCUCAAGCGGUUUGGCGGCAGUCAACGCAGCCUGCUCCUCUCUAUGGGCUGGUGAAACGGAUAUGGUGAUUGCUGGAGGAUUGAACGUCAUUACCAACUCCGACAUUUACUGCAUGCUCUCCAAGGGCCACUUUCUGUCCAAGACAGGUCAAUGCAAGGUCUGGGACAAGAGCGCGGAUGGGUACUGUCGAUCAGACGGGGUAGGCUCUGUAGUUAUCAAGAAGCUGGAAGAUGCACUGGCAGACAAUGAUCCCAUCAUUGCCACAAUCGUGUCCGGUGCCACCAACCACUCGUGUGAAGCAGUAUCCAUUACUCAUCCCCAUGCCGGGGCUCAGAAAGACAACUAUCGACAGGUAAUGCACACUGCUGGAGUCAGUCCGUUGGAUGUGAGCUAUGUCGAGCUGCAUGGAACUGGAACCCAAGCAGGGGACGGUGUCGAAUCCGAGUCUGUCGCUAGUGUCUUCGCCCCCCUCACUCAGGCCCGACAGCAACGACUUCAUCUGGGGGCCGUCAAGGCCAAUAUUGGCCACGGGGAGGCGGCAGCUGGGGUGACUUCUUUGAUAAAAGUUCUCCUUGCCUUUGAAAAUGAAGAAAUACCCCGGCACAUUGGUAUCACGACAGAGAUAAAUCCAAUCGUGAUGCAAAAUACGAAGAACCGCAACACUGGUCUUGUUAUGGAGCAUACCAAGUGGCCCAGGCCUGAAAAGCGAGGACGAUAUGCUAUAGUCAACAGCUUUGGAGCCCAUGGCGGAAACACUACGUUGCUCUUGGAAGAUGCUCCGCGUAAGCCCAAGGUGACCCCAGAGUCGCGGGCUGCGUACCCAAUCACCCUUUCUGCAAAAAGCAAGGCAUCCCUGAAGGAGAACACCAAGGCUCUAAUCCAUUUCAUUGAUGCGAAUCCCGACGUGACUCUCGGCGAUCUUUCCUACACCACCUGUGCCCGACGGAUGCACCAUCAUACACGCAUUGCAACCUCUGCCACAAAUAAAGCCCAACUCAGAAGUUUCCUUGAGUCUUCAAUUGAAAAAGUUGGAAGCUUGCGACCAGUUCCAGCUACAGCCCCAGGCGUUGCGUUCGUUUUCACGGGACAGGGUGCUUUCUACCGUGGAGCAGCAGCACAGCUUCUGCGCAGUUUCCCCUUCUUCCGUGAUCAGGUUGCCCAGUUGGAUAAGGUGUCCCUGAAUUUGGGAUUUCCGUCUGUUUUUGCAACAUUGGAAAGGACCGAAGAAGCCAACAACGUUUCACCGAUCCUCUCACAGUUGGCAAUUCUUAUUCUUGAGAUUGCACUUUUGAAAUUGUGGGAGCUUCUGGGCAUUCGACCCAGUUUUGUCAUGGGCCACAGUCUUGGCGAGUAUGCCGCCUUGGUAGCUGCUAAGGUUCUUGCGCCUGCGGAUGCAAUCUAUCUCGUUGGCCGACGGGCAGAGCUUGUCAUGGCUUCUUGUACCGCGGGCAGCCAUGUCAUGCUAUCCGUGCGUGCGAGUGUUGAAGAAAUUCGCAACAUUUCCGAAUCUCACGUCUACGAAAUCUCAUGUAUGAACGAUCUGAAGUCGACUGUGAUUAGCGGAGUUCGUGAGGAGAUCGAAGUUGUGCGCUCAACUCUGGAAGCACGUGGCAUAAAGUGUAUGGAGUUGGAUCUCCCUUUUGCAUUCCACACUGCUCAACUCGAUCCUAUUCUUGAUGAAUUCGAGCAAACUGCGAGACAUAUCACGUUCCACCCUCCUCAGAUCCCCAUCAUAUCUACUCUGCUUGGAAAAUGCAUCUUUGAUGGCAAUACCGUGGACGCGAAAUACCUUCGCCGUGCGUCCAGAGAACCAGUCAACUUCCUCGGCGCGAUGAACACCGCCAGGGGACUAGGGAUCACGGAAGAAGCGGUCUGGCUCGAGGUCGGACAUCAUGCGCUUUGCUCUUCAUUUGUUAAGAGUCACGUCUCUGACGCCCCUAUCGUCCAAUCCUUGCGGAAGGGCGAAGACAACCAUGUUACCUUGACCAAAGCAAUGGCAGCAAUGCAUUGUGAAGGGCUACCGGUAUGCUGGAAUGAAUACUUCAAGCCAGAAGAACAUUCAUACAAUGUUUUGAGGCUAGGCGCCUACCGGUGGAAUAACAAAAACCACUGGAUUCAGUAUGAGGGCACAUGGACUCUAGAUAAGGGCAAUGCACAAAGAGGAGGAAAACAGGCCAUACCCUCUGGACAGUCUAUCGACAGUACCUCUGUGCAACAAAUUGUUUCCCAGAAAAUAACCGACUCGACUGUAGAGGUCACUGCUGUGACCGAUGUGAAACGGUCUGACUUCAUGAAUGCAGUUCUGGGGCAUACUAUUAACGGAAUCGGCGUGGUGUCUGCUUCAAUCUGGACAGAUAUGGCUCUCACUCUGGGCUCAUAUCUGUACAAGCUUAUUGCCCCCUCUGAUGAGCAACCUUCAAUGAAUCUUACCAAUAUGCUCGUCCAGAGUCCUCAAAAACUUGACCAGAGCAGUUCAGGGUCUCAGCUGCUCCAGAUUGAUGCAACACUCAAUCAAGCCACAUCCACUGCCAACAUUACAUGGUACACCCAAUCAGUUAGUGGUCAGCGCUCGAAAGACUCCUUUGCUACAGCCACAAUCACCUAUGAAAACCCAACCGCAUGGACAAAGGAAUGGGGGCGACAAAGCCAUCUGCUGAAGUCGCGCAUCGACACGCUCAUGGCAAUGGCCUCUACAGGAGAAGCAAGUCGUCUUUCAAGGAGCAUGGUGUACGAGCUCUUCCGAAACAUCGUUGAUUACAGUCCCAUUUACCAAGGCAUGCAAUCAGUCGUGCUGAAUCAAUUCGAGGCCUGUGCGGAAAUCUGCCUCCCAGUGGAUAGACACGGGAAGUGGCACACCCCUCCUCACUGGACCGACAGUUUGUUUCAAUUGGCUGGGUUUGUCAUGAAUGGAAGUGAUGCGACGAACACGAAGCAGUUUGCUUAUAUCACGCCUGGAUGGAAGGAUCUGCGCUGCAUAGAGAGUUUUGAGCCGGGCGUCAAGUAUACGAGCUAUGUGCACAUGAUUCCAGAAAAGGGCGACCCCAAUACGUUCCUGGGCGAUCUUUACGUGUUACGAGAGAAUGAGAUUGUGGGCUUGUUGGGCGACAUCAAAUUCCGACGUAUACCGAGAGCUCUUCUGGGAGCCAUGUUCGCGACCCCUGCAGCGGCUGUUGAAAAGACAUCAGCAACACAGCCUACCCGGGCACUGUUGCCCAAGCCUCUUGUUCCCGCCGAAACAACUCUACCGUCAAGGCCACCCGUUGUCGAGUCUUCAUCCCCUACCGUUGUUGCCAACGAACCUGCGGUGAUCACCGACUGCCUUCGGUUGAUUGGACAGGAAACUGGCUAUCCGCCCUCGGACCUCGCUGAUGAGGCCACCUUCCCCGAACUGGGUGUUGAUUCUCUCAUGUCUCUUGUGCUGGCUGAGAAAUUCCGAAAUGAGUUGAGAUUGGAGGUUAGGAGUUCUUUGUUUUUAGAAUGUCCUACCGUGAAGGAGUUCAAGGAUUGGAUCAAGCAGUAUUGUUAG